ACAUUAAACAUCAAAACCAGCCACAGUUUUAAGUCGGCUGCAUUAGUUAAACGUACUUCUUGGUAUCAGUGUUGAUUGCGGAAAAUUGAAAAUAAAUAAAAAUAAACACAUUUAGUGUUUUAGUAGUGUUAUCGAGAGUACGACAAUAAAGAUGGUAUUGAUUUUGAAAAUAGUUUGGAAUGUUAUGGUGGAUCAUUUCAAUAGUAUCGGCAAAGAUCCACGCACAAAUCAUCUGCCUUUAACACAAAGCUAUUCACAGCUUUUAUUUAUCGUUGGAGUAUAUGUAUUGGUCGUGUUAAAAAUUGGUCCAAUGUUUAUGAGCAAGCGAAAGCCGUAUAAUAUUAAAUCGAUUAUACAAGUUUACAAUAUUUUCCAGAUCUUAAUGAAUUUAUAUAUUUAUUAUGGUUUGACGAAACAUUUUGUAUUCAGUCCAAACUACAGUUGGACAUGUAUGAAGUAUGAUAAAACGGACACAAGCCCUGAUGUUCUGGGUUUAGCUAAAUUUAUUUAUUUAUAUUAUAUAAAUAAAAUAUUGGACUUCUUAGAUACUAUAUUUUUCGUUUUACGAAAAAAGUUUAAUCAGAUAUCGUUUUUACAUGUAUAUCAUCAUGCCAUUAUGGCAUGGGGAGGUUUUAUUUAUAUGAAUAGAUUUUUUGGAUCACAAUUUACAGUUGUCGGUCAUGUGAACAGCUUAGUGCAUGUGCUGAUGUACACGUAUUACUUCCUAUCGGCACUUGAUAUAAAACUAAAUAUGGAUUCUUGGAAACCUUAUAUGACAAAAAUACAAAUUAUACAAUUUUUUUAUUUUGCCAUCAAGUUUUUUGUAACUAUUGUCAGGAACGGACAAUGCGGCUUACCUUAUGAGUGGUUGGGUACGCUGUUCAUUCAGAAUCUAUUCAUGACGGCCAUGUUCUCGCAUUUCUAUUGGAAAAACUACAUUGUAAAAGAAAGACAAAGGAAACUGAAGAAUUAAUCUUCCUCAAAUAAAGAGCAUUCAUGUGUGAAAUUAAUAAACGUUAACUGUAACUAUGUAUAUCUACCCACAACACUUCACUCUAAUUGUUUAUGUUCAACACUUUUCAUACAUUUCAAAUUAUUGUAAAUAUUUUAAAAUUUGUAAAAAAAGAGAAUUCUAAAUUAAACAAAAAUCCAGCCUUCUGCUACUUCAAUAGAAUAUUUAAUGUAAUAUAUGUAUUCUUGUGAUUCAAAAUAAAAUUCUAUGUCUGACUUGGGUAAGGUUAAAUAUAGAUGUGGCAUUCGUGCGUA